AUUGGAUGCAUCCCACCAAAUUCCUGCACUCUCAAAGUCGAGGGUGUUCCUUUUGAACAUCUCUUGGUUUGGCAUGAAUGUCAUGUAUCUUAUUCUGUCAGUUGAGGGUAAGUACUUGAUUCAACCAGCCAGUUGUAAGGGUGGUAUUAUGUGAGAAAGAACACAGGUUCAGCAAAAUUUCUGUACAAAUUUCUUUUGGUUACUAAUGUUUGGUUACAACAUAGAGGUGAUCUUUUAGAUGACUGCUGCUUGUCCUCAUUUGGCCUGAAUGGGUUCCCUGUUUCACUGAGUGUAAUUAAACUUUUUCCCUUACACAGAGGUGGCACACCUUGUGCCAAAACCUCAGUUCUUAGCAUUUUUUUAGUUUGCAAAGUUGUUUUCCCCAAGAGAUUUCUUUAAAAUAAAUAGCAGUGUGCUUUUGUUUGAAUUUUUAAAAUAUCUGUGGUAUUUGUUAUUUGCAACAGAAUGUUGUUGGCCACAAGUUAUAGUUACAGGCUCAGCUUUACAAUUUAAGUGUAUGUGAGAUUGGUUCCUGAAAGAAAGGUUCAUCUAUGCUAUAAUCCUAGGUCUUUUAUUAUCAUGUAUUUUAAAAUUACUUUUAAACUGCUCGGCUCAGAUUAUGUAAUGUUGUUCAAAGUUUCUAAAGAAGGCUUCAUUGUUAGUUUGCUUUUUUUCAAAUAAUAGUUAUUGCAUUAAUAUUGCUUUUAUCAGUCAGAGACACACUGCACUCCAUGUUCAGAGGCCAGGCCAGGUCAAUGUGUUCUGUUCUUGGACAAAACACUUCAGUCUUGUAAUGUCUCACUCCACUCCAUUCCAUAAGUCACUUCAUGUUAAAGGGAAGCCAAGAUAAGCUCUGGCUUGGUAGGCCAAUAGGCUUGAGUACAGACUUAACCUUUUUGUUGUUUUUAUCCAGUUGUGCCAUCUCAAGUUUAUGCAUUAGUUGGCUCAGGGCAGAAGGGUCAAGUGCUUGGAGGCAUGGUUGCUGCUGGAGCAGGUGAGUUCAUCAGUUUCAAUUGUCAGUAAAGUAAUAAUAAGUUUUCUUGUUGAUCCCACAUUGUAGUCUAUUUUCCACAGGAAUUAUAAUUUUUUGAUGAAUUCAUUUUUCUGCAGUGGUUACAUUUUUCUUGAGCCCUCUGGUUGGAAUGAAAAGGUAAGAGUAACACUUAGAGCCAUCCAGGAUGUGUUCUGUUAUUUCUUUUAUAAUAAAUCAAAUUUAAAUAUUUUUGUUUUGUACCAUAUUUAUAGAUUCUUGUCUGACCUGUUUCAAUGUGGUCAGCAUUUGACAGUAGAAAAUUUAUCUUUAUUUCAUCACCUUGGUCUGGAAAAUCAACUUGAGAUCAGCUUUCCAUACAUUUCAUUUUAUUGUUCCCUAGUGAUCGUCUUGUGUCACAGUAUGGAAAACGACGCCCUCUGAUGCUUGGUGGAACUGUGUUACUUUGGUAUGAUAGUUACUUUGUACCUUUAUUUGGUCUUAAAUUUUUAUUCUCAUCAGCUUGGUUGUCAUUACUGGUAUACAAACUUGCUUGAAAGUUUUUUGCCUUUCUUUUGCAGUAUAUCGCUUUUUGGAAUGGCAUUUAGUGCUCCUGAUAUUGAAAGGUGAGACAAAAAUUUUCCAUCCAUUGUUCAUGGGUAAUUGCUCUUCUCUUAAAUGACCUUUCAUUUGGUGAGUGUCUUUGUGGGGUUAGUGAGCUAGUUUGUGAUCACUAUAGCCUCCUUCUUUGCUACAGCUUGUGUUUUAGAUAAACUGUCCAUAAUAUAUUAUGCUUGUCUGUCUGCCUGCUUGUGAGCAUCUGCUUGUGAGCAUCUGCUUGUCACCAUCUGUCUGACAAUCAGUCAGUCAGGUAGUCAGCAAGUAGGUAGGCUGUCACUCUCUAUCAGCUGUUCAUACAGUCAACAGGCUGUCAGUCUGUUGACCUGUCUGACAAUCAGUUAGGCAGGUAGUCAGUCAUUCAGUCAGUCAGUCAGUCUGUCUGUCUGUCUGUCUGUCAGUCAGUCAGUCAUUCAAUCAUCUUUUUUGUCUGUCUGUAAGUCAGUCAGUCAGUCUGUUGUUUGGUUGGUAAUUUUUUUUCUUGAAGCAUCUUUUGGGACAGAAUCUUAAUUCCUCAAGUCUGAUUGGCCUAUAAAAUAUCAAAACUAGUCCAGCUUUUUAUAAUACAGAUAAUAGUCCAGAAUUUUUUCCCAUUCUAUUUGCAUCAAAGUGGCAAGAAGCAAACCAGCUGGAAAAAAAUUAAAAGUUCUUUGCUGGCCUAGGUCAGUCCUUAUUGGAAGAAAAGACUUCAGGUUCUGUUUUUUCUCAUUAAGACUCAAUGUCUGAGAAAUAACAUGUGUCACCAGCAUGUCCUCAAGUUUUAGUUGAAGUUGGUUUUCAACAAUCCUAUUAAUGGUGUUUUCUUUUCAUUCUAUUUGCAGUGACAUUUCAAAUGUUACAGUAAGUAGUCAUUCUACAUGCAAUUUUGUGGUAGAUCUUGCAUCCAUGGAGUAAGUCAGUUAACAGUACAGUGUAUAUCUUCUUUCCAUUUAGUGUUCUAUGGAUUUAAAGCUGCGGCGAUGUCUGCCGUACUAUAACCUGACCAUCUUAGAGCAGUCAGAGGACAAUUCUACUGCUAAUUCGGACACAAGCUUCUUGCUGAGUAUGCUAAUGCAGAAAGAAGACUCAAGAGGAAAUAUAGGUUUGUUUAUUAAAUUAACCCUUUAACUCCUAAGAUCCAAUAGUUAAUUCUCCCCCUCUAUCUGAAUCACAUUUCCUUGCAAAUCAGUUAACCUUUUCACUCCCAAGAUCUAAUGAGUAGUUCCCCUUACUGUCUGCCUUACAGUUCCUAUGAUUAAAUUUGGAGAAUUUGGUACUGGAUCAACUAUUAAUCCCCUAAUUUAUAUUUCUCUUUAUUCUCAUUACCCUUCUGCUUGAAGUUAUAUUGAAAAUGUAAGGAGAAAUUCUGUCUUGGUCAUUCAUGGGAGCCAAAGGGUUAAGAGAAUUCAGUGUCAGAUCAAUAUAACAACCUCUACCUGACAAUGUUGAGUAUUUUGUUGAAAAAUGUAUGAAUAUUGUAGGGAGAAGUUAGAUGAUAAUUUAUUUCGGGAGCGAAAGGAUUAACACUCUUUUCUAUAGUUGACACUCUUACCUAAUUUAGAAAUUAUGUAAAAAAUGUUUAAAACUGAAAUGAAACUGUGAGGCACAGCUGACUAACAUCCUUAUAACUCCUUAUAAACAUCUACCAAGGUGUAUUAAACCAAUCUUCCAAUUGAUUGGCCCUACAGGUCUUUACAUUGCAUUCUAUCUGUGUGUAAUGGCAUGCUAUUCCAUAAUGAGUGUACCAUAUAAUGGACUGAUUGCUGAUUUGACCCCACCAUUCCAAAGAGGUAAGACACUUGCAAUUAAUAGCACCUUAAGCUGAAAGGAAUAAUUGAAUGUGUGAACUGACCAUGAAAAUCCUGGACUUUGUAAUGUGCAGAUUUUUGCCUAAAUUACAUUGUGUAGCCCCAGAAAAUAGUUACAUGCUUUCAUUUUAUAUCCUCCCCCUUUCCCCCUGAAAAAUUCCUUUUUAAUUUCCUUCUCAGGGCUUUGCUUGGUAAAAGGUUUCUUGUCAGUUGGGAAUUUGUCUCACCUGAAAGGGUGAUUUUGUCUGUAUUUAUGAACUUUCUGUCCCCUUUGAACAUCCAAGGUUACCCUCUUGGGAUGUUAGUGGAGAUUUUCUUUAACUACACACUAUUUAAAUUUUGCUUUAUCAACAAACUGAAGUAUACUUCAAAGAAAAUAGGAAAAUAUUUAAAAAGUAAAAAUUGAUUUUCUUUAAAUAAAAGUAACAAUGAGUCACAUUCAUUUGGAAAUUAAACAUAAUGUAUACAGCUAGAUGAUAAUGACUACUGAAUAUCUAUUUAAAGUGUUUGGAUACCUAUUGCAAUAUUUUAAACAACUGUUGUUAAUUUCUUGUGUAGGCCGGAGUGUUAAAUAAGAGCAUUGACAGAAGCAGUUUAAAAUAUCAAUGAACCUUUAUACCAAUUUUUUUUUGUUUUGAAAUUUUAGUAAAAUGAGGUGGAUUUGCAGUAAAACCAGUUUGGCCAGUUUAAAUUUGUUGAGUUUAAAUCUAAGAAACUAUUGGUAAAUCUUUAUAACCCUUUACACCCUAAUAUCAGUAUGCACAUUCUCCAUACUGUGUUCUCAAUAAAUUUCCCAAAGUGAGAUUGUUUCACAAACAAGAGCUUCUUCAGCUGGUGAUCAUUUCCUGUAUUCUUGUUACCCGAAUGUUUGAUUCAGAGGUGAUGCUGUCAAAAGAAUUAAGAUGCUUAUCACUCUUAGGGUGUAAAGGGUUAAAGUUUGAUCAAAGUUUUUCAUUAACAUGACAUCAUAAUUUUUUUACCAUAUUUGUCUUUUUCAAUAACAAUGAAUAUAAUUAUAAUAUUUUUUGAGUAUUUAAAAAAAUGCGAUUUAACUUUGAAAACUGUUAACCUCACUAAUAACAGGCUUCAGUUCUGGUGUUAUGGGAGCCAUGACACUAGUUGGAAAUGUAACAGGAGCUCUCAUAGGCUUUUUCUUUCCGGUGAGUAUGUAACUGUACUGUCUGUGAUAUUCAAUGAAACUGAAUAAUUUUUUUAAACAAACCAAGAAAUUGUUAUAAAUCAUUGAUUCAGCCCUGUAACUCUAAAGAUCUGAUUGGUAAUUCUCUCCUCAUAUGCUGCUAUGCACUUCCUUGUAAAUUAGUUACAGUACCUAGGAUUUGGUGGUAGACCAAGAUAAAAACCUCUACCUGUUAAAAUUGAGCAUUCUCAUUACCUGUUUGCUGGAUAAUGUAAAUACAAAAUAAAAUUUGACUAUUUUUUCAAUAACUGUCUAUAACAUUUGGAAGAAAACUAAACUCAGUGCAACCUUCUGUUGGCUGGGAAGUUGAAUAACAUUGAACAAUGCUCUUCCUUGGAAAUUAUGUUCAUUGAUUGCUACUAAGGAUAUCUAUGAAAUGAAAAGGGACAGGAAGAAAAUAGUAUUUAAAUUCUUUGUUAAUUGUGUGGAGUUUGGGACACCCAAAUAGUUCUAAGAACUAAUCAAGUGGGUCCCAAAGCAAAUAAUUCUAACAAAAGGAAUACAGUGUUAAUAACAAUUUCAAUAAAAAAGUAUUACUUUUGAUACAAACUACUAACAAUUAAAAUUUAUUUACACAAACUAUUUAAGAGUUAAUAGUUCUAUUAUAACCCUCAAUCGUAGAAUUCUUUAUAUUUUGAUGAAAUUUAAAAAAGGGAGUGAUUUGUUUAACAUUAAUUGGUAAUGAAUUCCAGAGUGUGGUAUCAGUUUAACAAAGAGAACGAAUACCACAUUGAGUUGUUUGAACAGGGUUUACACACAGAUUCUCAUUCAGUGAUUGACGCGCAUAAUAUGAAUGAACAGAAGAGAAGCAUAUGCUUUUGAUGAUAAUGGUUGUUUUGAUUAAAACUUUUCAGUUGGUAAUUAUAUUAUUAUUAGCUUUUUCCAUUGGCUGUAUUAGUAUAAUUAUGUAUCUCUGUCUUGUUUUAGAAAAUUGGAGUGGUUGGCACGUAUUCCUUGGUGUCCAUCCUGUACUUUUUGUGUGUAGUGCUCACUGUGUUCUCCUGUCCAGAGCCCCCUAAUAAAGUGACCCACAAGCCCAUAGGUGAGUUGUGACCCCUGUGAUUCACAUUGUUUACAUUUGACAAUUUUUCAUGUGAAUCGACCAGUUGCAUUGUGUUAAGGAUAGAUUGUUAUUGUAUAAGCUGUGCCCUGCAUGAUUUCUUUUGAAAAACAUAAUCAAUAAUAGAAAAAUCCUGUUAUGAGGGUCGUGCACAAUGGGUUAUGGGGUACAUAAGGGGUACAGCCCAGCAUAGAGCCCUGUGACAUGCCAAAUGCUAGGUUAAAGGCAGAAAGAGAAUGUAAAGUUGUGGUCACCUGAGAAAAUUGUUAUUAACUAAUUAAAGGUAGGCUGGGUGGAACAAUGAAAUACUUGACACAGUCAUGAAUCAAAUGCUCAUAUCUCUUACCAGGUCUGAAGGCUGUAUUUCAUGCCUACUGGGAACCAUUAAAAGGUGAGUUCCAAACAUGAAAUCUUUCCCUUUUCCUUGGAACUUACUUAUGGUCUGAGUUUAUUUGACUGUCAUUCCUCUGCCCGAUGAUUAGUUUAUGUUUUAUGCUCAGUAAUAUCUUGAGCUCCAAGCACAAUUUCAUCAGACUGGGUUUGUUAACCUUUUACACCCUAAUAUUAGUAUUUACAUUCUCCAUACUGUUCUCUUUGCAUUUCCUAAUGUAGCGACAAGGAGAACUUAUUAACAAUCAAGAGCUUCUUUAGUUGGUGAUUUGUGACCAUAAUUUGUGAUCCAGGGAUGAUAUUGUAAUGGGAAGUUUGAUGCUAGACAUUCUUAAGGGUCAAAGUGUUAAGUUAACAUCUGCGAUUUAUGAGGAGAUAGUUUUCCUCUGAGCUGGGUAACUGUGUGUUGAAGCUCUGUUCUUAGAAGAUUUCAAUAGAAUCUAUUGCUUGAAAUAGGUAGUAGCUAGGGGCUAACUAACAUGGAGGCAAAAGGAUAAUUGUAUUUUCUGCCAUUUUGGGAAAGAGGCAUCUGGGGAGAUGAUACUUGAUUCACCAAUGCGGUGACUUGUCUUUUGGGCUUUAACACCUCCACUCCUAGAGGGAAGGAAGAAGUAAUUUCAGCUUUACAGCUUCAAUACAUUAUAAAGUUCUUUUCCAAGAAUUUAUGGAGCUAUAUGUUUUUAUUGUAUUGUCUUGUAGAGCGAGAUUUCAGAUGGGUUUUCCUCACCAGAUUCCUUAUGCAGCAAGGUGUUGCCACAGUCACUGGGUAAGGCCUGGUUGCACCUUUAUGAAACAAUAUUCAUCAUCUUGAUGAGAAGCUAGUUAAUUAUAUUAAACUUAUGAUGCAACAGAACUCUUAUUAUGUCACCAGAUGGAGAGAGGCAGAGUUACGUGUAAAGUGUGUUUCCUUAAAAAGCAAUGUAGUGACCCAGGGAUGUAGAUAAUAGCUGGAAGCCGGGAAAAUUACCCGGCUGUGAAUGCGAUUUUUCUGGCUGUGACGCACUACUUCUUUCUCCAAAAUGUUUUUGAAUGUUGUCAGAAGAUUGUUAUUUAUUUAUUUCAUUUGUUUACACCUUCAAAUCUAGGUAUAGUGUGCCAAAGGCAUGCUAGAGUGGGCCUUCGGCCCAAAUACCCGUCUAUCAUUGCAAGAUUCCUGCCUGUUAAAAACUUUAGCUACAUCCCUGGUGACCCCAGAACUUUGGUGGGGAAUCUCCUAUACAACAGUGUUCCACUGCAUUGCUCAAAAUCCUUCAGAUAUUACAGUGGAAGGGACUCACUUGUAACUUCGCCUUUCACUGUCAAUAUGUAAAAGUGCAAACAAUUAAACUACAAGAAUAGACCUACAUAUUAGGUGUAGGGUGUUAUGUGGAUUUAACACCCAGUUCCUUCAACUUAUCAACAAGUAUAUGUAAAGCAAAUUAGAUUUUGGUCAGUUGAAAUGUUAGAGGGCAUGCAUGAUUUUCUUAGAUUUUUUUGCAUCAAAUUGGUUAGUCAUGAACCAUAGGCAUGUUGGUGAAUUGUUUUUGUCAUUUUUUUGAUGGAUAGUUUUCUUGAGUUUUGGCUGGGAGACAUGGUGACUUUACCAAACUGCUGGUCUCCUGAGAGGAGUGUAGCAAUGCUGCUUCUUCCAAUGCUGUUUUCUGCUGCACUGUUGUAAGUAGAAUUUUAUGUGAUCAGUUUGUGUGAGGCCAUUUUAUUCCCUCUGUAUUUAAAAGGGAGUGUGUCAGAACAGUGCAUGUGAUUUGGAAAACGUUGAGGACCUGGUAGUUAGGCUGAUGGCUAAGGUUAAAAAGAGGAGUGACAUGACCUGCUGUUUAUGAAUGAUCAAUGUUGCUUUUGAUAGGGUUACCUACAUGUAAUCCAUGAAAACUCUGACACCCUUGCAAAACUAAAAAAAAAUUCUAACCACAAAUUAUUCGUUAGUUCUGUUAUAGGAGGUUUCCUAUCAGACAGGCUUGGUAGAAGAAAACCUCUUGUUAUUGGAUCAGGUACAUACUAGUUAUUCCAGAACAUUAAGUAAGCUAUGCCACACCAUCUUGAGGUCAUUUUGUUUACAUCAUUCAUAUCUAGUGUUGCCUGUGGUAGAGGAGAACCUUGAAAUAAUAAUUUGCAACAAGCACCAUACAGGAAUAGAACAAGGUUGGAAGGGAUGGAAGAGAUUGACAUUGACUGUCAAUGACUAUACAAGCUUGAAAAACACACUAUUAGGCUUAUAAGUGUUAAGAUACACUUACAAUAGAUAUAAUUGUAUCCCAGUCUUCCAAACUGAAAUUAAAAUUGCUAGUUGCCAUAACAAAUGUACCCUUUCUGUUGCAGCAAUAUUAAUGAGUGUGUGUGCUGUGAUACUGGCUGGAUUGCAGGGGAAAUAUGCUUUUUACGCUUCAAUGCCAGUAGCGUUAACAUUUGGUAAGUUCAACAUUUACGUGUACUCAAAGUUUCAAUGGGUGAGGUGGUAGCUCAGUGUUUAGAGCACUCACGAGCCUGAUAAAUUUCAAGUGGGAAGGGGAGGGUAGGGUAGGUUGGGGUAGCCUGUGAUGGAUUAGUUUCUCAUCUAGGUCGAAAAGUAACACUCCUGAGGCCAGUUUCUCAAAGUUCCUCGUAAUUUAAGGGGGCGGAAAGACUGUUCUGUUUUCAUUCAAGAUGGGAAUUUCAGAUUGAAAGUUAUGAGAAUUACACAAUAAAAUUAACACCUAAAAAAGCAAAAUAGAUUGGUUAGGGUGCCACAACCUACUUCUCUAGUCUUCAUUGUUUGAUUGUGAAAUAUGGUUUCAGGCCUGUUAAGUCCUAGUAACUCAAUAAUCCUGAAACUUUAUUUUAAAAUCAAAAUCUAAACAAUUCAACACCAGUUCAUUUUGUUUCUUUAGCUGCUUGUUUUGUGUGUUGUUUUCAUAACCUUUGAAAUGCCCAUCAGGAAUGAAGAUUAGGAAUAGUUACGGGUCCGUUAAGUUGCUGGGACUUUUGAGAAAGGGGCCCUUGGUCAUUGUAUUGCAGCGAAAUGAGUCACUUGAUUUAAAUGAAGACAUUUUACUCAUUAUUCUCCAAAAUCCUCAUUUUCGCAAAGGUCAUGUAAACUUGAUGCCAUCUGAAUGUCAACUUGUUGAGUUCCUGAACUUUUGAGCAGUUGAUCAGAUAUCAUGCCAUAUCUAAGUGUUCUUUUGGUAUGGCACUACAGUUCAGCACAGCCAAGACAUUUUUAUUUGUUCAAACACAUUAACAAUAACAGUAUAAUUUAACAUCCCUUUGUUGUUUUCUCUCAGGGGUUGGCUUUGGAGCUUAUUGUGCAGUGGAUUUUGCACUUGUGAUGGAUGUUCUUCCUAAUGACAGAGAAAAAGCCAAGGAUCUGGCUGUUUGGCAUCAGGUAGAGUGCUAUAAAGCUAAACUAAACAAGUUGGGCUCACUUAAGUUUUUGAAUUAAAAGCAUGUUUUUACUAACGUAGCCUCUCACUUAUAAGUCACAAGUGCUGAGUGAAAAUCCAUUCAGACUGGAGAGGAACAGUCCCUGUGUUUCAUCUGCAAUAAGAUGUACUCAACAUGAGUUGAUUUGACAUCUGGGGUUUCUUUGGUAACAUAUGAACAGGGGUCAUUAACACAACUGAAUGACCAGAGAUUCAAGGGAAUAUACUGCGGUGAAGCAUUCAUCUCCUCUUUGCAGUUUGCCUUGGUUUAACCCUAUACACCCUAACAUCAGUAUGUAUAUUCUCCAUACUGUUCUCCUUAUGUUUCAUAAGGUACUGACAGGGAGAAUGUGUUUAAAAAUCAAGAGAUUCCUAAGGUGGUGAUCAUUCCCUUUAUUCUUGUGACCCUAAUGUGGGAUUCAGGGGUGAUAUUGUGAGGAGAAAGUAGAUGCUGGUCACUCUCAGGGGUGAAAGAGUUAAUACUCUGACCAAACAUCAUUUUGAGUGGCAAUUGUUGGUUGUCAGUGUUAUCCUUCCUGCCUUUGCUCUGGUUUCUCUAGUCUCACUUCUCAUAAUAAACAGCAGUAUUGCAAUUUUCUCUACCUUUUUGGAAAGGAUGUGAAUAUGCCACAAAUGUGGAUGUGAUUAGACAUUCAGUUUCAAAAUUUAAAUAUAUGUUGGUGUAGUUUGUGUUGGAUCUUGAGAUGUGAAGAUUAAGAAAAACAAUUUUAGAGGAUGAUUCGGAUGUCAUUGUUGUUAAUGAAUGAUAUGAACCGGUGUUCGAUUUUUUAACACUUUUCGUGUUACCUUUGUGAGCAUUAACAUGCAUUUUUUUCUCCCAGGCCCUUGUCCUGCCACAAGCCAUUGCCACACCCACAGGUGGUAUCAUUUUGGACAUGUUUGAGAAGCUGAGAUGUGAUAUAGGACUUGGUUACAUUAUCCUCUUCCUUGUAACAUCUGUGUACUUUGUUCUUAGUGGUAUUUUUGUUUAUAACAUCAAGAAAGCAAAAUAGAUUAAAACCUCUUCUUGUGAAGCAUCAUUUAUACUUUUCUUAUGAGAUGCCCGAGGGGUUUCUUUUUUGGCUACAUUCUUUAUUUCACCUUUCAAUUACUUGUAAAUUGCAUAUUCUAAGAUAGCAUGACGUUAAGGUUGCAUGAUGUGUUGCUUUCAUUGUUGCCAAGGCACAGUGUCUUUGGAGGAAUCCUGUAAGUCAAGAUCCCAACUUGUGCUUGGUGGUUUUAAUCUAUGAUGCUCACAUGUAGGUGUCUGUUAGUAUAACAAUCCACUGUCACUUGUCAAAAUUAAAAAUUAAAUCUAAUUUUCACUGCACGUUGUUGAAAGGAAUAACAUUGAUCCAAAGGGAUUGAGAUGAAGUCCUUUUGUACAUGUAUCUCUGAUGAAAAGGAAACAUCAUUUAUUUCUAAAGAGAUUUAACUAUCAGGGUCACAGUCAGAGGUGUCAAAGUUCAAAUUCAGAAUAUUUUUAUGGGAAUUAAAAUUAUAUAGAUCUUAACGAUUUUUAUGUCAGUCUUUUACACAAGGGGUUUGCCAAAAUUGGAGAAUGGAUAUUUUUACAGGCUGUAUUUUGACAUGCAAAUUGAUGAUAUGUAAAUGUAUUACAGGAAAUGUGUUUUUGGUGAAAAUUUAAAGGAGCAUUAGAAAUAACAUGCUUGAAAUUUAGUGGGUAGUCUUCUAAAGUGACUAAAACAGGAG